AUGAGAACCUCCGUCUUUGCCCUCGCGGCGUCCCUAGCCGCCCUGGCCUCGGCCAAGGAGAAGGCCGUUGACAUGAGGGUCAAGGCCGAGCUCUACGACAAUGGAGCCAGACAUGAGCACAUCAUGGCCCUCAAGCACCAAACCUGGGCAGAACUCGACGCCGCCGGCGUCUACGACUCAACCCAGUACAAGAAAUUCCCCUCCUCCAAGCUCGACUACGUCCCCUGCAAAAAGGGCUACGCCUCCUACGUCGCCAACGACCCCAAGUACACCUUCCGCUGCAACAACCUUGACCUCUACGACUUUAAGACGCACGCCGAGCUGGGUUCCGGCUCUGGCCGCGGCGCCGGUUCCUGGGGCUGGACCUCACCCAAGGGCCGUGAAUUCGUCGCCAUCGCUCAAGAAGACGGCACCGCCUUUGCGGAAGUCACCAAGAAAGGCAAGCUCGUCUACCUCGGUCGUCUACCGCAAUACACCACCGCCGCGCCCUCUCUCUGGAGAGAAAUCAAGGGAUACAAGAGUUACAUCCUCAUCGGCUCGGAAGCCGUCAACCACGGCGUGCAAAUUUUUGACCUGGCGAAGCUGCAAAAUGUCGACCCAAAAAAUCCCAAGGUAUUCACCAAUGAGGAGGACUUGGACGGGUGGUGGAACGAAGGGUUGCCGGUGGGCAGGUCGCACAAUGUGGUGACGAACGAAGAGAAGAAGUACGGUGUUGCGGUGGGCUUUCAGCCGCGGACGGGCCCGUUGAAGGCCGGUUUGGUGUUUUUCGACUUGACGGACCCGAAAAACCCCAAGACGCUGGGCGGAAGCGGUGAGGAUGGCUUCGACGUAACCGACAAGCAAUCCAUCCGCAUCAUCUCCAACACCUCCUACGAAGGCGCCUCCUACACCCACCAAGGCUGGGUCCUCGACCCCAACUGGCAAAAAUACCUAAUCCUGGACGACGAGUACGACGAGUACAACGCCGCCGGGCUCGGCGCCGACGGCUACCCCAUCACUUACAUCUGGGACAUUACCUCUUUGGAGAACCCCAAGCAGACGGGCCAUUACAAGGGUCUGCGUCGCGGGAUUGAUCACAACCAAUUUGUUCACAACGGGUUUUCGUACCAGAGUAACUAUGGCCUUGGGUUGAGUAUCUUGGAUUUAAGGAGCGUGCCGUUUGAUCCUACGGGUAAGCGGAUCAAGGAGGUGGCGUACUUUGAUGUGCACCCCGAAGAUGAUGAUGCGCCUGGGGGUGGAAAUGUCACGUUUACGGGGACGUGGAGUCAUUAUCCUUUUUUUCCGAGCGGGUAUAUUGUUAUUAACACGAUGGAUCGCGGGGCGUUUGUGGUUAAGAGGACGCCGGCUUCUUGGUGGCCUUUUUGA